UUAUGGAGAGAGAAAACACACACUACACACACUACUGCUUUUCUUUUCCCUUCUCCCUCUGUCGUUUGUUUUUUUCCUUUCCCAGCCGCUUUUGUUCUCCCUUUUACGAAAUUCUCCCCAAUUCCUCCCCCGUAAUGAUAUAACGCAGACGAGGACACAAAUCCGCCUAUACGUUUCUCGUCUGUACGUGCAUACGUGUUUUCCUUCCCCCUCGUUCUCUCCUCUGUGUAGCGCCAAGAUUUUAGCCCGGACACGUCUCAGAAUUUUCGUUGGGAACCCCGAAAGUUUUGGAAUUCCCUUCUGGAAACAAGGGAGGAGGAGGAGGAGGAUUUGUUCUGUUGGGGGGUUUUCUUUUGAAUGGCGUCAGGGUUGUUUUUUCUCGCCUUGUGUUCGCUUUUAGCGACCGUUGGCCGUUCCCAAUCCGGUGAUGCGGCGGUUAUGCAGGAGUUGAAGAAAAGCCUGAACGCGCCGAUUCAACUCGGGUGGGGCGACGCGAACCCUUGCAACUGGAAAUAUGUUCAAUGCUCCAGGGACGGGCGGGUGACCCGGAUCCAAAUCAAGAAUCAGAACCUCCAGGGCUCUCUUCCCUCGACCCUUAACAAACUCAGUUCUCUACAAGUUUUUGAAGUCCAAGACAACCACCUCGGCGGGCCGGUCCCGAGCUUCUCCGGGUUGAGCUCGCUUCAGUCCGUCAUCCUUAGUCGAAACAAUUUUACCUCCAUUCCUCCGGAUUUUUUCGAUGGGUUGACCUCGUUACAAAGUAUGACCUUGGAUUACAAUCCCUUUAGCUCCUGGGUUAUUCCGGAUGGUCUUAAGAGUGCCACCACCUUGCAAGCGUUUUCAGCAACCUCAACUAACAUUACCGGGCCUAUGCCGGAUAUUUUCGGGUCCGAUAAAUUCCCAAGCUUGACUGUUUUGCGUUUAUCGUACAAUAAUCUCGAGGGCCCGUUGCCGUCAUCAUUUGCUGGCUCUUCUAUACAGUCCUUGUGGCUCAAUGGUCAGAAGAGUAGUUCAAGAUUGAAUGGUUCUAUUGCUGUUCUGCAGAAUAUGACUCAAUUAGCUGUGGUUUGGUUGCAUGGAAAUUCAUUCUCUGGGCCCAUACCGGAUUUAUCGGCCUUAACUCAGUUGCAGGAUUUAAGCUUAAGGGACAAUAGUUUGACGGGUCCAGUGCCUGACUCUUUGGUGGGAUUGAAAUCGCUUAAGGUGGUCAAUUUAACGAAUAAUAUGUUGCAAGGGAAAACUCCCAAAUUCAGUGGCUCAAUACAGGUGGAUAUGGCAGGCCUUAACAGUUUUUGUUUAUCUGUUCCUGGGUUGGAAUGUGAUCCACGAGUAAAUAUUUUGCUUGAUGUGGCGCGGGAUGUAGGUUAUCCAACUUCAUUUGCUGAGAAUUGGAAAGGAAACGAUCCCUGUACUAAUUCAUGGAGGGGGAUCACCUGUAGCAAUGGUAACAUCACUGUGGUAAAUUUUAAUGGAAUGGGACUUGUUGGGACGAUCUCCCCGAGUUUUUCACAGAUCACAUCGCUGCAGAGAUUGGUUUUGUCGAAUAAUUACUUGUCUGGAAAAAUUCCGAAUGAGCUAACCAAUCUGCCCAACCUUGUUCUGUUGGACAUUUCAAAUAAUGAAAUUUACGGAAAAGUUCCACCAUUCCAGAGUACUGUGAAUGUGAAGACUGAUGGAAAUGUGAAUAUUGGGAAAGAUACCCCACCUCCGACGAGGCACGGAGGAGAUGGGAAUUCACCUGGUGGUGAUGGAUCAGGAAAUAGCCAUGGGAAAAAAUCUUCGAAAGGGGUGAUUGUAGGCUCAGCAGUUGGUGGAGUUUGUGCUUUUCUUGCUGCUGGGGGAUUGGUCUUCUGCCUUUAUAAACGCAAGCAGAAUAGGAAAGUUAAGUCUCCUAAUACAAUGGUCAUACAUCCUCGCCUCUCGGGGUCUGAUGAUACUGUUAAGAUCACUAUUGCUGGUUCAAGCGCCAAUGGUGGGACAACCGGAAGCUCUAGUAAUGGGAGCAAUGGGCAAAAUGACAUUCAUAUUGUUGAGGCAGGUAAUAUGGUGAUUUCUAUCCAAGUUCUGAGAAGUGUGACAAAUGAUUUCAGUGCAGAGAACGUACUGGGAAGAGGUGGAUUUGGAACUGUUUAUAAGGGGGAGUUACAUGAUGGGACUAAGAUUGCGGUUAAGAGGAUGGAAUCUGGUGUGAUGAGUGAGAAGGGUUUAGACGAGUUCAAAUCUGAGAUUGCUGUCCUCACUAAAGUUCGACAUAGACAUUUGGUUGCUCUUUUGGGUUAUUGCUUAGAUGGAAAUGAGAGGCUGCUUGUCUAUGAGUACAUGCCUCAGGGGACACUUAGUAGGUUCCUGUUUCACUGGAAGGAAGAAGGGUUGAAGCCCCUGGAAUGGACGAGGAGGCUAAUUAUUGCACUGGAUGUUGCUAGAGGUGUUGAAUACCUCCAUGGUUUGGCUCAGCAGAGUUUUAUUCAUAGGGAUCUUAAACCAUCAAACAUUCUUCUUGGAGAUGAUAUGAGGGCUAAAGUUGCAGAUUUUGGACUUGUCCGGCUUGCUCCUGAUGGGAAAGCUUCAGUUGCUACUAGGUUGGCCGGAACAUUUGGCUAUCUAGCACCAGAAUAUGCAGUGACGGGCAGAGUGAGUACUAAGAUCGACGUCUUCAGCUUCGGAGUUAUUCUGAUGGAGAUGAUCACUGGAAGAAAAGCUCUGGACGAGACAUUGCCAGAAGAUAGCCAGCAUCUGGUGCCAUGGUUUCGCCGCAUGCUGAUCAAUAAAGAUGCGUUCCCCAAAGCGAUUGAUCCAGCCAUAGACCUUAACAAAGAAACACUUGCUAGUCUGAGCACCGUUGCCGAGCUGGCUGGCCACUGCACUGCUAGAGAACCUUUUCAACGUCCUGAUAUGGGGCACGCAGUGAAUGUUCUUUCUUCUCUGGCUGAGCUCUGGAAACCAUCAGAACCUGCUGAUCCAGAAGACUUGUAUGGAAUUGAUUAUGAUAUGACGUUACCUCAAGCGCUCAAGAAAUGGCAAGCCCUCGAAGGAAUGAGUGGAAUGGAUGCUUCGUCUUCCUACCUGGGAAGCAGCGACAACACUCAGACUAGCAUACCGACUCGGCCAUCUGGGUUUGCAGAUUCAUUUACAUCAGCAGACGGACGAUGAGACGCACUGAAGAAGAAGGUUUCUAUCCCAGAUUGGAGCUGUAUAUGGGGGUGUGACUGUUAUAUAAUUUCUGCUAUCUAUUCCCAUCCCUCUCUAUCCUUAAAAUCCGUGUCUUGCAGUGAUUGUUUUUUUAGAUUUGGUUUUAACAAGCUGCUCCUCCCUUUUUAGCCAUUUUCAAAUGCAAAUAGCUCUAGUUUUGGUUGUUUUUCUCUUUUUUUUCUUGUUUCUUUCUUUUAAUUGGGGGAAAGGAUGAAAUUGAGGUUUGUUAAAAUCCCGUUUGUCUUUGGUUUAAAACUGAAAAGUGUAGGUUCCUGACUGUAUGAUGUAUGCAUGUAUGUGGUUGUUUGA